AUGGCUGCGUCUCAGCUCAAAUGUAUAGACGAUGAAAAUAUUAAUGUUAAGAUACCAGAGUCUAAACCGCAGUUUUAUUACAGUGAAGAGCAGCGAGCCGCACUCGAACACCUACUAAAGCACGGCGAUGGUGCCUUCAAGAUGCGACUCAAGGAGGAUAACACCAAGGACUUUCUCUCUGCCAGGGAAGUGAAAUGGAUACGAGAAACCUUCCAGGAAUAUGUCAACGAAAGUGACUCGGAAUCUUGCGGGUCUCGGUCACUCCAUGACUCGAACGCGGACUCGGGUGUUCAUUCUACCUACUGGCCGACAAUGUCUGAUACCGAGGUACCCCCGUUGGACAUAGGCUGGCCAAACGGCGCAUUUUACAAAGGCGUAACACGUGUGUCCGUUUACACGCAUCCACCCAAAGAGAACAGUCCACAUAUCAAAGAGGUGGUGCGAAGACUCAUACAAGAAUCAAACAAGCUGGUGGCGGUGGUCAUGGACCUCCUGACAGACCUGCUGAUUCUGCAGGAUCUGCUUGACGCGGCAUCUAAGCGCGGUGUUGCUGUCUACCUGCUGCUGGAGGAGAGAGGCCUGCCCCACUUCCUGGACAUGUGCAGUCGCCUACACAUCUCAGCACAGCACCUGCGGAGCCUGCGGGUACGCACAGUGAGGGGCUACGGAAUGGCUCUGUCCUUUGGCAAGUUUCCAGGUGCCAUGUGCUCAAAAUACAUGCUAGUCGAUGGAGAUAAGGUGAUGUUUGGCUCAUAUAGCUUUACAUGGACAUCCUCUCGGAUGAACCGCAAUACCAUCACAGUCAUGUCAGGCCAAGUCGUGGACUUUUUUGACAACGACUUCCGAGAGCUGUAUGCCGUGUCAGACAAAGUGGAUCUGUACCACGAGUUACACAUCACCAAGCCCCCUAUGCCUGCCCCAGCAGUAAAAGUGUCUGCUGCUCCUAGCAAUCAACUGUUACCUGUGUCUACCUCUCGCUUCCAGGUAUCUCUGGAGGACUCGAAGCAGGUCAACCUUAAGGUGCCUGCUCAUAAGUACCAUAAUCCCAAAUAUGCACUGGUGGUGGGCAAUAAUUUUGGACUCACUGGAUCCCUGCAAGAUCUCACUAAGAUAAGGGAAUAUGUUGGGCAGAGCCCUGUGAGCAAUAUUGAGAAAUUACUUGAACCAAGUGGUGAACAACUUAAGAAUGUGUCCCCGCAGACCCCUGAAUCCAAAGAAGACACAAAUGAGAAUAAGGGAGACAAAAACAAGGGGCAGAAGAAUCCAUCUCCCUUUAGUCUCAAAAAACAGCGUAGUUCUUUCCGUCUUUUCCUCAAAGGCAGGUCACCCAAUCAAAGCCCGGAAUUAAGGACAGCAAACCAUAUUUCAGACUCAAAAACACCUGGACACAGCCAACCAAAACCUGGCAGUCAGAGCAAGGAUAUUACAGUGGCCAAACACUCCAAGGAAAUGCCUAAGGUAGCAAGUCCAGUGAAGGAAGCGCCACCUGAGGGCACAGCCAAGCACAUGACCUCCUCUGCUUUACAGAAUAUCCCAGAGAAUGGCAGCACGACUGAGCUCGACAGCACGUAUGUGAUCAUUGAAAAUCCAAGUGCGCUGAGAUUCAAAAAGGACAAGAGGCCCUCCAAACUAGGCCAAAGAAGCAUGUCUCUGGUGACCAUCAACACAGCAGACGAGGACGGCUCGAGAGGGCAUAGGCAGAGCCACAAGAAGACCUGUAUUCAGUCAUGAGAUCAAUGAAUUGGAGUUUAAUGCGGUCUUUUUCAUUGUUCUUGAGAGGCUAUGUGAAUGUUCGAAUGAAUUGGAUGCAAUUUUUGUUGUGUAUUCUUCUAUUUAAAGUCACAAUAAUUUGAUACAUUUUGUGAUGUUUUUUUUUUUAAAUAUAAUUUUUUAUUCCAGACAAUAAAAAGAGCCUGUGGACCUUCAUAAAGGUCAAGGUUCAUCCAUUAUGUACUAUUCUUUUUCGUUAAACUGUGAUAAACUUCACUCACUUCACAAUGCUUUAAAGUGUCCAGGUAAGGUAAAUUCUAAAUGUAUAACAUAAAGAGAUUUAAUGAGCUGAAAUCUAAAGGUUUAUUUAAACUAAAAAAUAACCCAGCACAUUGCUGACUUCUGUAAAAAGUCAAUUACACUUUGCAAUUAUGCCAGAAUGCACUCUUUUUUUUUUUUAGCUUGGCCUUGGGAUAUUCCCACGCCCUUGUUUGAGCACACGAUUCCUCCUGUAUCUCUGGGUUUUUGUGGUUUUCCAAAGACGGUGUACAUACAGAUCUCUGUGCUGUCCUCCACGAAAUACCUGUGCAGGAUGGAGCACAUGCUUGGGUGACGGAGGAAACGUCACGAAUACACGCGACAUCCUGUAUAACCUCAACGUGAAGCGAAGGACAAGAAAGAAACGAGGAGAAAGAGUGAACUCUAGGUUGAGGAAAUGACAUACAGGAAGAAAGGAGCUUGCUGCUGUACACCACAAAUGCAGUUUUGCAAAGCAGAUGUGCUGUCUUCCCGAAAAGAAAGGGCUGUUCACGACCACCCCACGUGCUUUUUUCUGUCUUCUUCUGAUGAAGCUACUGUGCAAUAAAUGUUGUGAAGACUAAGUUAUAUAAGGUUCUGUUUAAUUCUGUUUAACUUAACUAAGAAUUGUCAUGAAUCACUACUAAUGUUGCUUGCAGGUAGAUGAAUGUUGCCCCCUGCUGGGGAAAUCUUUGUUCUACACAUGCAGGGAUUACCAGGUACAUUUAAUAAAUAAACAAUUUGCUCUUUACAUGAUAAUAACUUGUAUACUAAAUUGUAUACAAAAUUUUCUAUACUUGUAAUGCCAACCAUUAAAAAAUUAUUAGCACUCACCACAGAUGAAAAAACCCCCCAUUAUAUUAUCGCAGCUAUAUGAAAAUGUAUAAGCACACAAAAAAUG